GAGUGGGUUGGAAGAUGGUACCAUAUAACUAAUUAUAACCAGUUGGAAGACUGCUUUUAUUGUGAUUCUUUACAAGACAUAGAAAAGUAUUCCUGCGGACUUACACCUGGACUGUGUCCGGCUCAUUAGUACCUAGAAUUCGUCACAGUUUGUGGGCGAAUGAUUGAUCGCCAGUGUGCUUUUCGUGCGCAGGGACAACGGGCACCUGUCAGGCAAUGCGUCUAUCGGGGAGGGUCCGUUUUGAUCACUAGCAGCUAGAAACUGUCAUUAUUCCGGUGACUAGGGUCUUGGAAUACCGAUCAUGGAGAAGUAUGAGAAGAUCGCUAAAAUUGGAGAAGGUUCAUACGGGGUCGUCUUCAAGUGUCGAAACAGAGAUACUGGGCAACUCAUCGCCAUCAAAAAGUUCGUGGAAUCUGAAGAUGAUCCUUUGAUAAAGAAGAUAGCUAUGAGGGAAAUACGCAUGUUGAAACAACUGAAGCAUCCAAACUUAGUCAACCUGAUAGAAGUGUUCCGUAGGAAAAAGAGGCUUCACCUAGUCUUUGAGUAUGUUGACCAUACGGUGCUAAAUGAACUGGAUAGAAACCCUCGAGGGGUACCAGAACACAUGGUCAAGAAGAUUAUACAUCAGACCAUCCAAGCUGUCAAUUUCUGUCAUCAACACAAUUGUAUCCACAGGGAUGUAAAGCCUGAAAACAUACUGAUUACUCGACAGGGAAUAAUCAAGCUGUGUGACUUUGGAUUUGCACGUUUACUGACUGGCCCUGGUGAUGAGUAUACGGACUAUGUGGCAACUCGCUGGUACCGGGCACCUGAGCUUCUGGUCGGGGAUACCCAGUACGGACCACCUGUAGAUAUAUGGGCCAUAGGCUGUGUGUUUGCAGAAUUACUCACUGGUCAGGCUUUGUGGCCUGGGCGGUCAGACGUUGACCAGCUGUAUCUGAUCAAGAAAACUUUAGGUGACCUACUGCCAAGACAUGUGCAAAUAUUUUCUACUAAUACUUUCUUCAAAGGAAUGAGCAUACCUGAAGCUGAUCGCUUGGAACCCCUGGAUGAGAAAUUCUGUCAUGCCAGUCCUCUUGCUCUCAGCUUUAUGAAGGGCUGUCUGACCAUGGACCCGGCCCAGAGGCUAACAUGCUCUGAUCUCCUCUCUCACCCCUACAUGGACCCGCACAAAGACAUCUAUGAUAGGAAUUGUGAUGAUCACAAGCCCAGAGAAAAUUCAAAGAAGAGGCAUAUUCGAAAAAGCCAAGGACCUUUCAAUUCCUUACCCCUUCUAAAAAAUAUAUCUACCUCGCCGGCUCCAACCAACAAACCUCUAAAACAGGUGAAGGCCACUCCUUCACACCUGCCGAACAUCUGACUCUUCGGCCAAGGGGUUUGGCGUCAUGAUGGGAACUAGACUAGAGUUCUGGACAUGAUGGGGAAUCCUGGAGGCCUAUUGAAGGGAGCAAUGGAGCUUGCUGUGUGACUUGUGUGAGUGUGUGUGUUGCACUGAGUGUGGCACAGUUUGAUCACAGAGGAACCAUACUGAAGCCAUGCUGGACAGUAGUAGUUAUUGGUUAGCACAGAUCAGCAUUCACUAAUUCUAUUAUUUCUUGAAGUUUUUCAUCAAUUCGCCCUGCUGUAUUAACAUAAGGGGAUCAGUGCGUGAAGAAUUACAUGAAAUUCUAGGAAGGUGGUUAUAUUUGGUGAAAACAAAUCCAUGAAAUUUUACAUAAUUUAUUGGGUUAGUGAAGGUAAACUACCUGUGUUAUGCACAGAUUAAGACCUUUUGUCUACCAUUCUCUAGUAAAACAUUGUUGUAACUUUAAACCAAUCACAGCAAAAUUUGCACGCCAAGGUGCUCUCAUUGGCUAAUUUAAAUCAUUAGCGUAUAAAGUUGUUACAAGACAGGUCAUUGGUUCAGUCAAAAUAUCAGACCAUGUUGUUUGAAUUGAAUGAAUCUCUCAGUGGUUUGAUUCCUUGUACUGAUUCAGAAUCACUCCUUUUGUGGCUAUGUAGUUGUGAAUUCCAGCAUUAAUCAAUUUCGAUUGAUCUGAAUCAAUAACUAUGCCCUCUAGUCAGUUCUGAUUCUCCCUGCUUAAAUAAUAGCUCUGAACUACAGUCACCAUAAAUGGGGUACUAUUUCCCAUGCAAUGGCAACGUGUUCCAGGCUGACUUGACCAUUGUUGAUCAUUGCAAUGAAUGAGUGCAAUGUUGAAAGUUUGCCCAUUAAAUGUGAUAACAAAAGCAGGAAUGAGGUCUGCCAGCUACCUGCAGAUGGUCAUGGGUUUCUACCAGGCUCUGCCAAGUUUCUUCCCUCCAUAAUGCUGACCACUGUCAUAUAAGUGAAAUAUUCUUGAGUGCGGCGUAAAACACCAAUCAAAUAAAUAAAUAAAUA